CCCGCCUUUCCAGCCUGCUUGAACGCUUCGGAAAGCUUAUUGUUUGGCUUAUUUCGUUCGUAGCUGUUUACUGAACGGUUCAUAUUUCUGCGUUACGUUCAAAGAACAAGUACUCUCUAGUGUUUAGGCUAGUCUAUAAUAGCACUUUUUUAUAAUUCGUUCAGUUAAAUAAACUUUUAAAAAUGUCUCUAUUCAAUGACAAGGAAAAUCUUGGCAACGCCAUCAGCAAUGUUCACAUUAAGUCUCCAGUUAAAAACAACAUACUAGCAGUCCGCAACGAUAACGUAAGCGAAGAUAAAAUGGAUGUGGAGAAAGACUACAAAGAGCCGGAAUUCGAUCCACAGCUGGAGCCAUUAUUGCGAGAAAACCCUCGGCGUUUUGUCAUUUUUCCUAUUCAGUACCAAGAUAUUUGGAAUAUGUAUAAAAAAGCUGAAGCUUCUUUUUGGACUGUGGAGGAGGUGGAUCUAUCUAAGGAUUUGUCUGACUGGGAGAAUCUUAAAGAUUGUGAAAGGCAUUUCAUCAAACAUGUAUUGGCAUUUUUUGCUGCAUCAGAUGGAAUUGUCAACGAAAACCUUGUGGAACGUUUCUCACAAGAAGUACAAGUGACUGAAGCCAGAUGCUUCUAUGGAUUUCAAAUAGCAAUGGAAAAUGUACAUUCUGAAAUGUAUUCAUUACUUAUUGACACUUAUAUCAGAGACCCUAAAGAAAGGGAUUUUCUCUUCAAUGCAAUUGAGAAUCUGCCCUGUAUUAAAAAGAAGGCUGAUUGGGCAUUGCAGUGGAUUGGCAGUAAGACGGCUACUUUUGGUGAACGUAUUGUUGCAUUUGCUGCUGUUGAGGGAAUCUUCUUCUCUGGCAGUUUUGCUUCCAUAUUCUGGCUCAAGAAACGUGGUCUAAUGCCAGGACUCACUUUCAGUAAUGAACUUAUUUCCAGAGAUGAGGGUCUUCAUACAGAUUUUGCAUGCCUUAUGUUCAAACACUUAGUACAAAAACCUAGUAAGCAGCGUGUUCUGCAGAUCAUUAAAGAUGCAGUGGUGAUUGAGCAAGAGUUCCUCACAGAUGCUCUUCCUGUCAGACUGCUGGGCAUGAACUGCGAGUUGAUGUCAGAUUAUAUUGAAUUUGUUGCUGAUAGACUGCUAGUAGAUUUAAUUGGAGAGAAGCAUUACAACACAAAGAACCCAUUUGACUUUAUGAACCUUAUUUCUUUGGAAGGUAAAACAAACUUCUUUGAAAAGAAAGUUGGGGAGUAUCAAAAGUGGGGAGUAAUGGCAAAUCCUCUGGACAAUGUAUUCACAUUAGAUGCUGAAUUCUGAUUUUAUUCCAAAGACUAAUAUAAACUCGAAUAUGAUUAAGAUUUGUGUAUGGACAGUAUUAUUAUGAACUUGAAUUCCAAAUAAAAUGUUAUCGGUUGACCCGUACUUAUACAGUCACUGGCACAGAAUAUGAUGAAAGUAUAUGGAUUAUGACUUGUAUGCAAAUAUCUGCAAUAUACAUGUUUAAUAUAAUUUUAUUUUUUAAUAUUACAUAAGCUUUGUGUAAGUUAAGAUAAGGUUCAAUUAUUGAGCGCGAGUGUGAUAGUAAUUUAAUUGUUAUAUUGUAUGACAUUUUUAAUAAACAAAUUC